UCUUCCGGCGGGAUCACGUGACUUCCGAGGAGACGCCGAGCACGGAGUUAGCCUGCUAGCCAGUUAGCUAGCACCGGGCACCGAGCCCGUAAUGGAAGCGAGGCAGAAGAGGCCGAACCACCGCCGCCCGUGCGAUGUGUAGCCUGCGGGUCCGACGGGGAAUCAACUAGCCAGCCGCGGUCACACCAUGAAUCUGAGGGGGCUGUUUCAGGACUUCAAUCCCAGUAAGUUCCUGAUUUACUCCUGCCUGCUGCUGUUCUCCGUGUUGCUGUCCCUGCGGCUGGAUGGAGUCAUCCAGUGGAGCUACUGGGCUGUGUUCACCCCGAUAUGGCUGUGGAAGCUGCUGGUCAUCUUCGGGGCCUCUGUGGGCACAGGCGUCUGGGCCCACAACCCUCAGUACAGAGCUGAAGGGGAGACGUGCGUGGAGUUUAAAGCCAUGCUGAUCGCAGUGGGGCUCCACGUCCUGUUGCUGAUGUUCGAGGUGCUGGUGUGCGACCGCGUGGCCCGAGGAUUUUACUUCUGGCUCAUCGUCUUCAUGCCGCUCUUCCUCGUGUCUCCCGUUUCUGUAGCAGCCUGCGUCUGGGGCUUCAGACACGACCGCUCUCUCGAGCUGGAGGUGUUGUGUUCAGUGAAUAUUCUCCAGUUCAUCUUCAUCGCUCUGAAGCUGGACAAGAUCAUCAACUGGCCGUGGCUGGUGGUGUGCGUCCCGCUCUGGAUCCUGAUGUCCUUCCUGUGCCUUGUCGUCCUCUACUACAUCAUCUGGUCUGUCCUCUUCCUCCGCUCCAUCGACAUCAUCGCCGAGCAACGGCGAACGCACAUCACCAUGGCGAUCAGCUGGAUGACCAUUGUCGUGCCGCUUCUCACCUUCGAGAUCCUCCUGGUGCACAAGCUGGACGGCCACAACAGCCUGAGCUAUGUGUGUGUGUUCGUGCCUCUGUGGCUCUCGCUGCUCACGCUCAUGGCCACCACCUUCGGCCAGAAGGGAGGGAACCACUGGUGGUUUGGCAUCCGCAAGGACUUCUGCCACUUCCUGUUGGAGCUCCUCCCCUUCCUGCGGGAGUACGGCAAUGUGUCCUUUGACCUCCAGCGCAGUGACGACCCCGAGGCGGCAGAGGACCUGCCCGUCCCCGAGCCGCCGCCGAAGAUUGCCCCCAUGUUCCACAAGAAGACCGGCGUGGUGAUCACGCAGAGCCCCGGGAAAUACUUUGUCCCGCCUCCUAAACUCUGCAUCGACAUGCCCGACUAACCAGCGACUGCUGGACUUCAUGUGUUUAACUCAUGAAGCCAAAACAGCCGAGGACAACGCAUUUGGUUUUAUCCACAGUCCUGAAGUAUUCUGUCUCCUCGCUGGAAAGGGUUCUGAUUAUUACUGGAUCCUGUUCUUUUCUUUAUUUUUUUUAAACAAGACGCCCCCUGUUGAACUCUGUCGAGGACGGAAUCACAGAAUCAAACUGUUUCUUCUUCCCGUGUUGUGUGGGAACUGACCACAGAAACAUCUCGCACUCUGAGUGACUGACGUGAGGAGGAAGUGAAUAUUUGACUCGAUGUGUCGGAGUCAACGAUGACGCUCGUCGUGCUUUAUGAUUGGGACCAGUUGAGAGAGAGAGAGAGAGAAAGUGACUCUGGUUUGAAAUUGGGAUCAGUUUUACCCCUGUUGCUCCUGUUUUUACUGUAGGUGGAGAAAAUGCUCCGAUUCUUUUUCAUGUCCGUCUUCGUCCUGCACUCGCAUGUCCCCACGUACAUUAAGAGAGGUGGUGUUCUUCCUUUUUACAGAGAAGGUGGAUUGAUAAUCCUUCCAGUGGAAAAGAUGGAGGAUGAUUUUUGUUCAGUGUGAAAUGCAAAUUUAAAAAAAAGAAGCUGAUAAUUCGCUCUAACAUCGGCUAAAAUAUCCCGAAUAUCAGCGCUGCCAUGGUGUUGACAUCAUUUAGAGACCGUUUUAUAUCAUCAAUUAACAAAUUAAAACAUGUAUACUGCAGCCAGCCACUAGGGGGCAAUCAGAUGGAUGUACUGUUCAACGAAGAAGGGAUUACAUCACGACCGAUGACUCCUUAAAUAUACGCGACAUUAACGUGUUGUUUUAAGACGGACCUGAAAAAGUCGGAUUCUUUCCUUUUAAAAGACAAACAAUGGAAAUGGCACUUUGUUAAUCUGUUCAGUUUUUGUAUUCCUGUUUUUGUUGCGUAGGACAGAGGUUGUCAGGUUAGGGACCAGAGCAGAGGAGGCGUGGCCGAGUGUAAAUAAACACACAACCAAUAUUGUCAAACACCCAA